UUCUGCGUAUAUACGUCAUCUUCUACGGCUCGGACACGGAGUCCACCACCGCACACGGACCCUCUCCAUGGACCGGGCCGCGCUCCGCAUGGUGUGCUCGCCGCAGUUCUGGCGCAUGGCCAUCCUGUGGACCCUCUCCCUCCUCCACUCCUACCUCCUCGUAUUCCUCCGCGGCCGGACCGCCAUCCCUCGCCGCCGGCGACCAAGGACCGGCGCUGGCGGCGAAGGCCGCCGUCCCAUCUGCGUGGUCACCGGGGCGACGUCGGGGCUGGGCAAAGCGGCGGCGGCGGCGCUAGCGCGGGAGGGCUACCACGUCGUCCUCGCUGGACGUUGCAUGCAGUUGUUAUCUGAGGCUGUUGAAAAAAUUCAGAGGCAACAAUCAGACGCCUAUCUUGAAGCAUUUCAACUCGACUUGUCAUCAUACAGAUCAAUAAAGAAAUUUGAAAGUUCGCUAAAGCAGUGGAUUCUGGAGACAAAUUCGGAGCCUGCUAUUCAGCUUUUGGUAAAUAAUGCUGGUAUAUUAGCGAAGUCACAUCGAAUUACCGAGGACGGGCUUGAUGAAAUGAUACAGACAAACUACAUCGGUCCAUUUAUCCUGACCAACAUUCUUGUACCACUGCUGAAGAACAGCCCGGUACCUUCUCGAGUGGUUAAUCUAACAUCUUUCACACACAGAUGUGUUUUCACAUAUCCAGUCUCAGGUAUUGAUGUGUCUGAGGGUGCAUUGAGAGGAAUGAAACUUGGUCAGUGCUCAGCGGGGAAAAGUUAUCACUUAGCUUCUUCUUAUGAGUAUACCAAGCUUUGUUUACUCCUAUUCUCAUAUGAGCUUCAUCAACAGCUUCACAUAUCUUCUGCUGUCUCUGUCAUGGCUGCUGAUCCUGGUGCAGUGGAAACAAACAUCAUGCGGGAGCUUCCUCCAUGCCUCUCUUGGUUUGCAUUCUCCGUUCUGCGCUUCCUGAAUCUCCUCCAGCAAACUGAUUCCGGGGUUGGUGCUGUCCUUGAUGCCGCUUUGGCGCCGGCUGAAGCAUCUGGGGAGUAUUUCUUUGGAGGGAAAGGACGGACGAUCAGAUCCUCCCGGCUGUCGUACGACACGGAAGUAGCCAAGAAGCUGUGGGCAGAAUCGUCAGCAUUGUUCAAGGAGCUGCAGCUUAGAGGACGUGAUCUGGGGACUAAUUGAAACUAACUUGUUAAAAUUGGAUCGUUUAUCCAAGGAGUAAAUUUCCGAGGACACUCUAAUCUAAUAUAGUUUUUUUGAUGUUGGGGUCUUAUCUUGCUUGGGACUAAAAGACUUUGUUGUUGUUUACGUUGUAAGAAUAGAGCCCAUAGUUCACUUGGACCUUUUAAGAAUCGAGCUAUAGUUCACUUGGUAGAGCCUUCAAUUAAGAGGGCAUUAAAGAUCAUAUAAAUAUGAUCUUAAAGUAUUUGGUA